AUGUUGGAUACCACUCAGCUUCUGACUCUGGGGCUUGCGUUCGCAGUGGGUUAUGUUGUCUACAAAGACCGCAAAGGCGACCCGCGCGAACCGCCCGUGGUGACGAGCGCGAUUCCGCUAGUCGGACAUCUACUCGGGCUUAUCUUUUCCGGUUUUGGUUAUUUUACUAUGCUGGCGAAGAGCAAUCGAGACAAGCCAAUUUUCACUUCGAACAUGGUGUUCAAUAAGACGUACAUUAUUACGUCGCCGGAUCUUAUGCAGGCAGCUCAACGCCAUACCAAGACUCUGAAAUUUGACCCACUGGUGACUUUUGGCCUUCGCAAUGUUGCGGGAAUCCAAAAUGAGAAGACCCUUCACUUGCUGCGCGAGAAAGAGUCUGGUGGUGGAGGUCUUGUCCAAAAGAUCAUGCACGAUAUGGCCCCAAAGCUCCUGGGCAAGCCAUUGGACACAAUCAAUCUAUGCAUGAGCCGGUUACUACUCCCACAUCUUGAUCGGCUGGCAAAUACUCCUACUGUCGAUCUCUACGGGUGGUGCCGCGAUGUCAUUAUGGAUGCGAGCACCCAGUCUUUGUACGGUCCACUGAAUCCAUAUGCGGUUGCUGAAGUCUCCGAGGCAUUUUGGGAGUUUGAAACAAACCUCGCCCCUUUGGCCUUUAACGCCUUACCAUGGCUGACAGCACGCAAGGCAUGGAAGGGCCGCAACAGAGUCUGCGAAGCCAUUAAGAGAUACGUCGAGAACGACGGCCCGCGGCGGGGAUCUGAGCUUGCUAUUAUGCGACACAAGACGUUAAUGGAAGCCGGAUUUUCCAUGGAUGAGUACGCAAAAAUGGAAAUCACCUUGAUCAUGGCUUUCGUGUCGAAUACGGUUCCCUCCGCAUUCUGGGUUCUUUUUGAUCUAUACACCCGUCCCCAAUUGCGUAAAGAAAUUCGCGAAGAAUUGAAAGCGAAUGCGCUCUCUGUCGCGGCGGAUGGGGCUCACAAUAUUGACAUUGGAGCUAUGAGAGAAAGAUGUCCUCUGCUCUUGUCUACUUUUCAGGAGGUGCUGCGCACACGUACGACUACUUGUUCCACACGUAUUGUAUUGAAAGAUACAUUGGUCGCCGACAAAUACCUCCUGAAGGCUGGAAAUAUGCUGAAUAUCCCUGCAGAUGCGAUGGGGUAUAAUCCCAACGUAUGGGGUGCGAACUCGGCUGUGUUUGAUGCGCGGAGGUUUAUGAAGCCGGUAGUGUCAGAGGACACCGGUGAGAAAAAAGAGAGCCGACGUCCUGGGCGAUUCAUGACUUUUGGUAUUUCCCCUGUCAUCUGCCCUGGUCGGCACUUUGCUAGUUCGGAGAUUCUAGGCUUAGUAGCCAUGAUGAUUUUGCGGUAUGAUGUUGAGCCGGUCAGCGGUGGCUGGAAAGAGCCCCCGAAGAACCAGUCGGCGCUUGUUUCAAUAAUGGGGGCAGUCAAAGGCGAGUAUCCCGUCAAUGUGGCAAGAAGAAAAGAGUUCGAAGGUGUCAAAUGGGGAUUUCAGGUUGGAGAGGGCCAAGGACAGUUUCCAUUGGUAAUUGGGUGA